AUGGAGAUCGACGCGCAAGCACAAUCUCCGUUCUUCAGACUGGCCGCCGAGGUCCGAGAGAUGGUACUCACCCACUACUUCACUCUCGAUCAGCUCGAGGAACGCGUCAUCCAGAGCGACUGGUGCGCUGGUAUGCACAAGUCCGGCCCGCUUCACUCUCCCAGCAAUGCCAAAGCCACAGCACUCCUCCAAGUAUGCCGUCGGCUCCGCAUGGAAGCUUCGCCGUUGGUAUUGGGCACGGUCAUCAUGCGUUUUGGGAAUGAUACCCACGCCCUCUCAACCAAGUUCAGCUCUGCAUCCGGUCAUUACAAUGGUAGUCGCGGGAUCCAUACAUCUGGAGUCUCACUUCUUGCAACCAUGCCCAGCGCAAUGAACCUUCAGGCCCCCCACAUGAAGACAUUCUACAUCGAGUAUGACCUCCGAUUCAACCACUCGUAUGACUUCUAUGAGCUCGUGAGCUCCAUCUUUCACCCAUAUGGGAUGCCUCUUAUGCAGGGCCUCGAGAAGUUGGAACUGCAUAUCGCGCCGCUGUGGUGGGGCUCACAGCUCGAUGGCGGGCAUGUGCGUGGCACUGUCUCGAAUUGGGAGCGCGGCAAAGUUAUAAACACAGUCAACUUCCCGCUUCCGGACUUCCUCAGGCUCUUGAAGCAGAUGCCGAAGCUCAAGACUUUGGUGAUCAACGCCGACGUCUUCCAGAAGCCUCUGAUUCAGUCGCUUUCAACAACCCUCGAGGGUAGUGGAAUAACAGUUAUCGAGUACGGACGUAAGGCUGUGAUGAUGGGUGGUCGGCUGCUUGUGAAGCAGGGACCGCAGGCGAUGAACGCUUUGGGUGUCGGCCAGUUCGAUCAAUGGACUGAGACUGCUCCAACCACCCUCGCAGCCUGCCUUUCGGACAUGUGGUCAUUGUUGCCCUGA